AUGACGCUCUACUACUCCAUUGUCUUCUUCCUCCUCGUCCUCGAGAUGGUGCUCUUUAUGCUCCUCCUCGUUCCUCUUCCGUACACGGCCAAGCGCAAGGUCUUUACGUAUGCUUCCCCCUCCCCCCCUCCGUCCAUGUUCCGUGGUCCUUGCUUCGCAGCGAGUACCCACACGUAUUACUUACUGACUGACCGCGACCGCGACGGCAGCUUCAUCUCGGAAAACCCCGUCAUCUCCCAGGUCAUGUACUGGUUCAAAAUCACAUUCGUCUUCAUCCUCGUCCUGUUCAUCGACAGCGUGAACCGCGUGUACCGCGUGCAGCUGGAGGUUGUCGCCGCGUCGGACCAGACGUCCAAGGGAGCUGCCAUUCUGGGCCACGAGCGCCUCGAGGUGCAGGCGCGCAAGUUCUACUCGCAGCGAAACAUGUACCUCUGCGGGUUUACCCUGUUCCUCUCCCUCAUCCUGAACCGCACGUACGUCAUGAUCAUCGACAACAUCAAGCUCGAGGACAAGGUCAGGGCGUUUGAGAGCAACAAGAACUACAAGGAGAACAAGUCGACCGAGGUGGCGGAGCUGCAGAAGCAGCUGGCGAAGAAGGAGCAGGAUUUGCAGACGCUCAAGAAGCAGAGCGAGGGCUUGCACAGGAGCUAUGACGAGCUGAGCGACAAGUAUAUGGCUACUCAGGUCGACGAGGGGAAGAAGGGGAAAUGA